AUGUCUUCCGACAACGAGAACGACCUGUGGGGCGAGUCGUCGCCGCCAGCUCAGGCGCCGUCACCUGCGCCUGCGACACGACACCCGGACCCGGACGAGGAGGAGGAGCCCGCUGAGGAGGGCGGCGGCGACAUCUGCGCGAUCUUCCCGCGCGGGAUCCGAGAACCCGCUCGAGUACCCGGAAGAGGACGAGGACGUCGAGGAGAUGCAGGAGGUGUGGGCGAAUGUGCCGCUCCCGCAGUGGCCGCGCCUGAAGCCUACAGACGGCAAGGUCUGGCACCUCAAGCUGCCCGCGACGACGGUGACCUGAAGCCCGUCGAGGCGAAGAGCAAGAUGAUCGGCGUCCGCAACACAAUCCGAUGGAAGUGGGUCAAUGGCCCUCAUGGACCCGAGAGGCGAAGCAACGCGCGCAUGCUCCGCUGGAGCGACGGAAGCGUCUCGCUCCAGCUCGGAAACGACCUCUUCGACCUCGCACCCAGCUAUGGCUCGACUCUCGCGCGCCCCCAGGACGCCGCCCCGCCUGCCGCUGCCGAGGCAGGUAACGCCGAGACGUCCUUCCUUUGCUACACGAGUCACCACGAGCAGGUCUUAGUCGCCGAGACUGCGAUCGCGGGCCAGGUCAACCUCGUCCCAACGAGCAUGGACAGCAAGACGCACCGCGAGCUCGUCAACCACGUGGGCCAGCAGCACACGAAGCACUCGCGUAUGAAGAUUCUCGACGACAUCGGGGACAGCUCCAAGGUCGCCGAGCUGCUUGCGCGUGCCGCUCCCCAGCGUCCUGUCGCUACCAAGCGUCCCUCCCGCCCGGGAGCGAACAAGUACGGCGGUCCCGGUGGCCGAUCCCGCCUCAAGCGCGCCGACAGCGAGGACUCGGGCUUUGGCUCACCCGAGCGCCGCCGCCGCGAGGCGAGCUACGACGAGGACGACGGCUUCGUCGUCGCCGACACGGACGACGAGAGCGACAGCGACCGCCGGCGCAAGAAGAAGCGCCGCGACCGCGAGGAGGACCUGGACGAGAUGGAGAUUGCGGAGCGGCUCAUUGAGGAGCGCGAGCGCGCGCGCAAGAAGGCAAAGAAGAACAAGCCCAGGAGGAAACAUAAGACAUACUCUUCCGACGAGGAUGAGGAUGAGGAGCCAGAGGCGGAGGAGACGGACGACGACGCCGAGGGCGAGGCGGACGACAUGGACGUGGAGAGCGAGGAGGAGUAA